UUCAAACCCCGAGUUCAACCCGACAAUACCUAUUUUUACUUUUAUAAUUUUGGAAGUAGUUUUCGCUUUUUUCACCAACAUGUAUUUACGAGUAUUUUUGCACGGUUCCGAGAGGUCUCGGCGCGAUCCUUUGAUAAGAGUUAAGCCGAACGGUGUGAUACGCGACCUGAAACGCGAGUUGGAGAAACGUACCCAAAUUCCCGCUGACGGUCAGAACAUACAGUUCGUGGACGCGGUGUGCUACGACGAAGUGCCCCUGUCGCUCCUGGCCAGCAGGUGCCUGAGCUUCGGCCAGCCUUUUGGAGUGGAGGAGCACAUGGGGGACCUGCGGGCCUUCUACAGGGACAUUCCCAUGUUCCGCAUGCGGUUCCUGUCGGACGCGGAGUGCGGAUCGUCGCGCUCGCCCCGGUUCGACGAGCGGGAGCUGGAGUGGCCGCUGGAGGUGAGGUCGCGCAUCUGCCAGCUGGUGGGCAGCUGCUCCUCCAUGAUGUCUUCCUCCGUGCAGCAGUCCAGCUCCAGUUGCGUGCGCUCCGGCUCGGGCAGUGGCGACGAGUGUCCUUCGGACAGUGCAAGUGGCGGCUCCGGCACCUCGGGCAGCUCCGGCUCGGCCUCCGGCGGAUGCACGCAGGCGGCCAGCCGCAAGUGCUGUCCUCCGGGACAGGUGUUGGACGAGAACGACAGCUGUCACAGCAAGUGCGACGUCCUGUGCUGCGUCGCAGAGCAGGGGGAUCGACCUCCGUACGCCAGCGUGAUGCCCGAGGACCGGCGCUUCGGGCUGGUGAUCACCAACGACGAGGACCCCUGCGACUGCGACUUCAACUGCAUCCUGGUGUUCCUCGUGGAGCAGUUCCACCUGGCCGAGGACGCCGCCAGCCUGAAGUUCAGCCAGUGCACCUCGGCCGUCGCCUUCGACUGCGCCCUGCUGAUCGUCUGCGAGGACAGCGGCACCAGCGACUGGGUCCUGAACGCCACGCGGCCCAUGUGCCCGCCCUUCAAGUGCACCAGCCUGAUCAAGCACUUCGACAUGGUGCGCUGCACCUUCGUGAUCCCGAUGGUGAUCAACCGGGCCCUCUGCCGCAUCUUCAACGUGAUCGAGAAGCAGAACUGCGGCCUGGACACCAGCAAGUGGUGCGUGAUGAGCAAGACGGCCCUGGACCCCUGCUCCGCCGAGUAUCCCUCCAAGGUGAUCUACGACGACGCCAUCAACUACGAGAUCGUGGCCUACAUCGACAAGGAGAGCCAGGAGUACAUCGACAAGCACUGCCAUAAGAUCCGCUACAUGAUGUGGCACCUGCCCGUGGACUUCUGCCACUCCUCGGCAUGUUCCAAAAUCUAGAGUAACCACCCAUAGAGUAGUGUUCCCAAAUUCAACGUUACCAAUUGUCAAACUGUCAGUCCUAAAAUCGUGUAGUCAUCUGUGUACCAAGGAAGCUGAUGAACGUGUAUCGCUAAAUAUACGGCCAGUUCCUAA